GGUACCAGGGUGAUAGCCUUGUAAACACAUAUCGCAUCGAUUACGACGAUAAUUCUUGUUUCACGUGCGAGUUUUGCUAUUAAAACUGAAUAUUUCUUUUUUCAUCAAAACGAUACGUAAUAGCUAUUUUUUACAGUCUAUUGGACUUGAACAUAUAAUGGAGUAAAACAUAUGAUUUUACAACUGCUGACGAGAGAAAUAACGAAAGAAGUAGUGACAGAUCGGUAUUACACGCGCGAAAAAAUACGUGUACUUUCGUGAGCGACUUACUUAUCAUCAUAAUACAAACAUGAUUACAAAAAAUUUGCAUGGUGAUACUUGGGACACAGUUGAGUGCAAACAGAAAACUAUUACGGAAAAAAAAACUCGCAAGACGAACAUCUACAACAUAAGAUGGUUUUCGACCUUCUAUUUAGGAGCGAUGCACGUCAUCGCACUUUAUGGUCUAAUCACGUUUAAUUAUUUUCAAAAUCUGAAGACAAUUUUGUGGUCGCUCAUCCUAUACGAUAUGGGAAGUAUUGGUGUGACUGCCGGCGCUCACAGGUUAUGGAGCCAUCGAUCGUACAGCGCUAAUCUACCGCUCAGACUUAUUCUUUUUGUCUUUUACAGUUCUACCGCUCAGGUCUCCAUUUUUACCUGGGUACGAGUUCAUCGCGUGCAUCACAGAUAUGUUGACACGGAUCUCGAUCCGCACAACAGUCGACGCGGCUUCUUCCACUGCCAUAUAGGCUGGAUUUUCAAAAAACUCAGCCCCGAAAUAAUUCAGAAGUUACGUGAAGCUGAUUUACGGGAUGUUAUGGCCGAUCCGAUUGUUGUUUUCCAGAAUAAGUAUGCUAUGAUAGUGACUGUAAUAUUCUCCUACAUCUUGCCCACGCUUGUACCAGUAUACUUUUGGAAUGAGACUUGGAAUAGAGCGUUCACGUCACAAGUAAUCCGAGCGUUAUUUGUGCUACACGGGAGUUUUGCCAUAAACAGCUUCGCUCAUAUGUGGGGUGCCAAGCCCUACGACAAAAAUAUAUGGCCGACAGAAAAUAUGGGUGUGAGCUUAGUUAUGGCUGGCGAAGGUUUUCAUAAUUAUCAUCAUGUAUUUCCCUGGGAUUACCGAGCGUCCGAGUACGACUGGUACAUUUUGAAUCACUCGGCGUUCUUCAUUGAUGUGUUCGCGAAAAUCGGAUGGGCUUACAAUCUCAAGAGACCGUCUUCUGAGCUCAUCAAACGAGUUGCUAUGGACAGAGGUGACGGCUCUCAUACUAAGUGGGACGAAGUUCCACCAUCGUGCGAUUAAUCGUGCCAAAAGUUAAUGCAAAUUUAGCAAAAUACGUUGUAUCGACGCAAUUUAAUUUAUAUAUAUAUAUACGAUAUAACUAUAAAUUAUAAAUCUUAUUUACACCGUUUAAACUUAUGUAAGUUUUUAAUGCAAAAAAAUUUUAACACGCAAAAAAUAUUCUUUAUUAUAAAAGGUAACUUUUGGAAUAAGUUCAGGAAGUUAAUUAAGUAGAGAAAAAGAUAAAAAAAUAAUACAUGAACUCACCAAUUCGGACUUUGAACAGGAGUUCUAUUCGUGCACUUGCAAGACACGUGAAUUGCAAAUCAAGAAUAUCGCUAUGUCGUAGAUAAAAUCGAUGUGUGAUACGUUCAAGUAAUUGUCCAAAGAUUUAUCUACAACUGUAUAUUAUUCGUUGUAUCACUAAAUAAUUUUUUUAUAACUUUACAUAUUUAGUCUUUCCAAUUAAUAGAUAAUUAUCACCAUGCAAAAAAAAAGAAAAAGGAAAGAAAAGUUUCUAUAUUGUAUUCAAUGUAUUCUAAACGUGUAUUCUAAUAGUGAUUCUAUUUCGUACAAUUGUAUAGCUACGAGACAUAAGUCGUAGUCGUGGACGUACUCGUAUGGUAAGGCAGAGAAAAACAUAAGUCGUGAAAGGCUAUUAUGUGAAUACGUUUCACGACUUGCGUUUUUCUGUGCCUUACCAUACGUCCACGACUACGACAAACGUAAGUGUCUAUGUCUCGUUCUCUACCAUCAGCCUAAGAAUCUAAGGAGAUCUGUGAAACUAUCAUUUACCAAAUUCCAUAGAUCUAUAAAUCCACUAAAAAUUUAUUUCAGUAAAAAAAUCUACUUGUUAUUAACCAAAAAUAAUUUUGUUAUUUAUUUCUUGUAACACUCUGCAUUUGUUAUUAUUAGCGUUAUGACGAAAUUUGACGGUAAAUCUCCAUCAGU